CAUUGCGCCGGCGUGCCGGCAGGAGCGGUCAAAGCGCCUUCCGGGCCUGAGAAACUGAGGUCUUUCCUUCUGUCUCGCUCUGUCGAAGUGCUCCAAGCGAGGGUCAGAGAGGCCACCACUUACAAAGCGGCGUUUUUCUGCAGCUCCGACGCCUCUUGGUGCCCGGCUACUCCGGCUCUUGCCCUUUGACCUCGCUCCCGCGGCGGGGUGAGAGGUCGGUGGCCAUCUUGUGGCGGAGACGCGGGCGGCUGUUACUGCAGCGACCCAUCCCCUCCCCCGCCUUGCACUUCUGGCGAUCUGUCAGUUGGUAAAGAGUCCCGCAGUCUGUCAGGUGAGGCCCAGGGCUUGUGCGGUCGCUCUCCUUAUUACCCUGGGCGGCCCAGGCCGCUCCUUGCCGGGCCUCUCCGCCGCCACUAUGUCCUCCUUCUCCGAGUCGGCGCUGGAGAAGAAGCUCUCGGAGCUGAGCAACUCUCAGCAGAGCGUGCAGACUCUUUCCCUGUGGCUCAUCCACCACCGCAAGCACGCAGGACCCAUCGUCUCUGUGUGGCACCGCGAGCUCCGCAAAGCUAAAUCAAAUAGAAAGCUUACUUUUCUGUACUUAGCAAAUGAUGUGAUCCAAAACAGUAAGAGGAAAGGACCUGAAUUCACUAGAGAAUUUGAAUCUGUCCUUGUGGAUGCCUUUUCUCAUGUUGCCAGAGAGGCAGAUGAAGGCUGUAAAAAACCUUUAGAAAGAUUGCUGAACAUCUGGCAAGAAAGAAGUGUGUAUGGCGGCGAGUUCAUACAGCAGCUGAAGCUGUCUAUGGAGGACUCCAAGAGCCCUCCCCCCAAAGCAACAGAGGAGAAGAAAUCUCUGAAGCGAACUUUUCAGCAAAUACAGGAGGAGGAGGAUGAUGACUACCCGGGAAGCUACUCUCCCCAGGAUCCUUCUGCAGGACCCCUCUUGACUGAAGAACUAAUUAAAGCUUUGCAGGAUCUUGAAAAUGCUGCAUCAGGGGAUGCAACUGUUCGACAGAAAAUUGCCUCUCUGCCUCAAGAAGUGCAAGAUGUUUCUCUAUUGGAAAAAAUAACAGACAAAGAGGCAGCUGAACGUCUUUCAAAAACAGUAGAUGAAGCAUGUCUGUUACUAGCAGAAUAUAACGGACGCCUGGCAGCAGAACUGGAAGAUCGGCGCCAGCUGGCUCGGAUGUUGGUGGAGUACACCCAGAACCAGAAGGAUGUUUUGUCAGAAAAGGAGAAAAAACUAGAAGAAUAUAAACAGAAGCUUGCGCGGGUAACCCAGGUCCGCAAGGAACUGAAGUCCCAUAUUCAGAGCUUACCAGACCUCUCAUUGCUGCCCAAUGUCACAGGGGGCUUGGCCCCUCUGCCUUCUGCCGGUGACCUCUUUUCAACUGAUUAGGACAGUUGUUAUGCUCCAGAUUCCAAUCUGUGCCAGAAAGAAGAAGGCAAGUCAUGGUUGCAGAUAACCCUCUGGCCCCUGGUUUUCUCUCUCUUCUGCCUGGCCCCCCACCACCAGAAAGAGCUGCACAGACUCUGAUACGCAGUUCUCUCCAGCCCUUCAUCUCGAGCACAGUUCAGAGCAGUGGCUAUGGAACCCAGUUUAGAUUCAUACUUGCAAAAAUACAGACUCUUUCUCCCACUUCAUGUGUUCAUGCCCCUGUUGGUUUUCCAUUCUUAGCUCUCUGUUAUACCCAAGAAGUUAUGAAAAUAAUGGGUACUUCUGGAAGCUUUCAGAAGAAUCUUGUCCCUGUGACAGCAUGUAUCAUGGAAACAGCACCUCCUUUCUGAGCUGGACUUGUCUGAGUUAGGCUCCCACUAAGGGCCUUGCUGUGCAGACAUUGGCUUUCAAGUCUGCCACCUGCCCCAAAAGGUUGGUGGCAUAGCUGUUGGGCAGCUUUGCCAUAAAAAGUUUGCCAAAUUGUUGGCCCUUUCCUAUCAUUACUUCUACUAGCAACGUAUAGUCAAGGCUGAGUGUGUUUAUUAUGAACAACUAAAGAAUCGAGCAGUGCGAUUCAUAGCUGACAUGGGACAUAGAGUAACAGGUCAGAGACAAGAAUAAUAGUGGUCACAAGCAAGUAACUUGCUUGGUUCCUGUAAUAGCCUUCCUCAGGCUGCAUUUCUCAAGGGCCCCCCCAGUUGUCAUAGAGUAAGUUUCUAAAAACUGGUGGUUGUUAAGGACAGCAUGGUGUCCCCAAACGGUGAAGGCUCCACACAGGUGUGCUGAGUCUGGUUCUGCAUGGCUGUGGCUGAGCGUUAGAGCAGGCACACUGUCAUCAGUCCACCAUGUGGGCAUACAUAUGUCCACAGUGUGGUGACUGAGCUUGGCUAUCUCCUGCAGACAGGACACCAAACGCGUCCAUCUGUCAGUUCACACCACUGAAUGUACUGUAUUCCCGCAUGAGGAAGAGGAAGGGUAUUUGUAUCAGGUGUUACUGAAACAGCUGGCAGGGGAUGAGGAAAGUGGGAGGUAUUAGUUUGGGGUUUUAAUUCCAUUAUCAUGCCAUCUGACAUGAUAACUAAAUAAUGUAGUUAGAGAGAAUUUUUAUCUUGCGUAUAAUAAAGGGUAAGACUGCUAACUGUAAAUCAUUCUGAUUUGGCAGGUGAAUUUUUGACAUUGGAAAGGGCAGAAAACAAUUUUCCCCAAUAGUGUGAUAGGAAUGAUAGCCCCAAGGCUGAAAUUCAGAAGCUAUGAAAAGGAAUUCAGUGGAAGGGGCUUGAAAAUUCAUUGUUUUGAGUUGCUACUUUCAAGAUCACCAAAAGUCACAUGUUCUUUUACAUGUUAAAGCAUAACCUGUGUUUUAUGAAGUAUGACAGGCUUCCCUUCCCGAAGCUCUCUUGCCUGCUGUGACGUGAGAACAAGGGAGAGUUGUAACAGGUACUUGGUUUAACUCUGUAGAACCCAGUAGUGUUGAAGCUGCUUUUCAGAUUUGCUUCUGUGUGCUGUUUGCUUAUAGACACUGCCUGUUCUGUCACUGUUAAAUUAAUGAGCCUAUAAAGUUUUCCUCCCAGAGGCAAUCAGUGACUUCACUGAAAUUGCAAGAUAACUUUUAGUCUUUGCUGUUUGUACACAGCCCCUUCCCCAUAUGAUGUGCUGCUUUAAUCUCCCAUAUAUGGGCCUAUUCCCGAACAGACCCGCCUGGGACAGUGCUUUCACCAAGGAGGCAGAAUUUUACCAGCCAUAAACCAGCCAGAAGACUGAUAUUUGCUCUGUUCAGCUAGGUGAAACUAUUACAACAGAAUGGAUUUAGCACACUACUAUGUUUUAUGUCUUUGACCAGCAACUGGUGCGUAAUCAUUACAGCAAGAGCAAGAAAUGAACCUGUAGCAAUUAUGUAAAUGAAUGUGUUGGGUUCUUAACACCUGUUACUAGUGGACUUCCAGUGAGGAAGUUAGUUUUGUUUUGUUUUAAUGAAAUGCUUUUGUUGUUUAAAUCUUAUUUCUCCUUCCCUUGACCUCCCUUUAAAGUGUGCUUUACUUCCCUUGUUUAAUUUAAAUGAUCCUUUCUCCUUGUCUGUGAGAGCCGAUCUGGCAGAGUGGGAUGGGUGGCUUUUGGUUUUGUGUUGUUUCACCUUAGGGCAUCUGUAGGCCUUAAAGGACCUCUCCUUUAGGUCAUAUUCCUCAGAAAGUCUUCAAUCUUCCUUUGUUUUUGUUUUGUUUUUCUUAAAGAAUAUUUUUAAAGCUUAAAUUUGUAUAUUAAUUUAGGACUUUAUUUAGAAGUAUAGGCUGCCAUUGGUGGCAGCAGUAUAUUCUGAAAUGUCUCAUAGAUAUCUAUUUUUGAAUAAAGAUGGUGUUGUUGAACAA